CUGAGUGUUAACAAGCUCAUCAGGCUUAAUCAUUUCCUUAAUAUUGUUUAUUUCAGUGCUGAGUUAUUACUUAAUAUAUUUUUACGUUUUCUGCAUCAAAAGUGUUAAAAAGACGGAACUGUUUGUAAUUUUCCUCCUCGCCUGUCUCCGGCAAUGUUUGACCAGGAUAUGGUGCCGCACGGCGUUGCGCUCGGGAUGUCUAUUUCCGGUCUUGUGUGUGCCCUGGUUGGGUUGGCCAGUCCGUUCUGGAAUGUCCACGUGGACGGGGAGCGCUGGGGACUGUGGAGGGGCUGCCUCCCGCGGGGCUGCCAGGCGCUCUGGUCGACAUCCGUUACUGACACACUGCAAGCGGGGCGGACCUUAAUUACGAUAGGUCUGGUUGGCCAAAUUCUGUUGACGGUGCUGUUUGUUGUUUUCAUUGUACUAAAAAGGGAUCGCAGGAUUAUUGUUGGGGGAAUAGCGUUGUCAUGUGUCACAGCGUGUUGUUCCAUGUUUGGCCCGCUACUGUGGUUGUCGUCUGCCAACCUGUCUGUCAGUUGGGCGUUCUACGUCAGUUACGUGAGUGGGAUUUUGAUGGCGGCGCUGGGUGGGGUACUUUUAUACAUUUAUAAACGGGACGAGGUCUGAACCUGUGGUUUUUCAACGAUCGUCUACUACAAGUGUGAUUCACACAAACUAUAUUUCGGAGUGAAAGAAAACAUUGCAAUAAAAUCACUAUACGAUGGAAGAGAAAUAGACAAGAGCACUCUUACAUGUAGCUGAAAUAUGUAGUUGUUUAUUGUUCUCUGUAUAUAUAGUGUAACCUUCAAAGUAAUAAUUGUCAUAUUAUCACAACAUGGAAGAAAACUGACGUAGAUACGCCCUAAUCGGGAGUGGAAGGCUGGCGGGCGACUACUUGAACCAUCGUCGGUAGCGGCUGAAGAAGUCGCGGUAGGGCGUGUUCUGGGUGACACGUCCGCUUCGCCGCUUCAUGUUUAUAUAGGCGAUCAUUGGGUCGGACAUGGAGAUGCUCAUGUUCUUAAUGAUGUGGUCCACACCGAUGAGGCCCCGGAUCUUCCCCGCCAAGUCCUGGAAUGUCAUGUUGUUUGGUGCUAAAUUUGUGAACUCGAAGGGAUUCAUAACAGAUAUGCAUAAACUUUUGUCUUUUAUGUUUUUGAUACCACAAAAGACAAAUCAUAUAUGGAGGAAAGUAAAACUAGUUCGCUUACAUACCUGUCACCUUAUGUCACUGGCCCCAAUUUCUCGAGACAUUUUAAGUCCUUACAACAAGAUUGAGCUAACUUCAUUAGUUUAAGUAGUUUUUAUUGUAUUUUUCUCAGAGUUUUACUUGUAAAGGAAAAUAUCUUAAGCACUUAUAUCAUCAUAAGCACAAUAAACGGUUUGUGUUAUGUAGAAUCAAGUUUGAGACACUAGUUUAGCUAAAUUAAAUUGGCUACAUUGGUAUGUUCGUUUCACUGGGUGAUUUUUCGCUACUCACAACGUUAAAACAAAACAUUGAAUUGCCUGCAAAAUUGCUACCAGAAUUGCCAGAAUUUGGGAGAUGAUAAGACAUGGCGAUGCAUACUACACGUACCCGGAUAUGAAGAAAGUUUGUGACGCCAAUGUUUGGAAGGCUGCUAGCGUCCAUGUAGAGUAGGUGGCGCCCGCUGAUAUGGUUCGUUAUGAAACAAUCCUGGAACAAGGCAAGGGUUGAUCCUACAGAGUACUUUUCGCCAUAUCUGGAGUUUUAUGUGUCUCUUAAAUGACGUACAUGAAAUUAAGAUAAAUCGCAAAGUACUGCACGAUUCUAGUAAGACUUAUACAUAUUUAAUAACCCUCUUGUAGACAAAAAGAAAAGGUCAACCAUUUAUGUUUAAAAAUCACACCGACCCUGUAUUGUGGAUAGCCUUGCUCCACGACCCAGUCCGCCACCUGACUGGAUGUCCAGUAGAUAGCCAUUGGCACGCCACUCCGGGUGUCCGCUUCCAGGACGAACCGACUCGGCCGAUCAUUCAUACCUCCUGCAACUAGCCUAGACCAGGAUAGGGAAUAAACAACGGAAGGAAGCUGAUUUCUAUUGCUCCUUUCUUUGUGAUUAUACGAGUUUCAUUUAUAAAAAUAUGUUCACUGUGUUGCUGCACAUACGCUACACUGAUGCUGUAGUCAACGUCAUUGACCUCGACGUUGUAUCGAACGUCGCGGAUAAUAAUUGUUAUUUUGACGUAUUUUUUAUUAUGCUCAAAAAGUAACGUCAUUAAAUCUUGAGUCAGUCCAUUGGUGUAAAACCCUAAACAUUAUGAAAACUAUAAUAAUAAUAUAAAAUAUUCAUGUUUAAAAUAAUUCGGGUAUGAUGUCAGCAAUUAUCAAAACAUGUAAUUUAUCACCGAUUAAAGGAAAGAGACAAAUAAUUGUUUACAUGAAUUGUGUUAAUGUACGUAUAUGACAUUCUUGCAAAAAUUGUAAUGGAUACUACCAAAUGUGUAAAUGUUGAAAAUAUAUUGAUUGAAUGUGGUUUUACUGAAUAUAUCUACAUUAUUUACAGGGUGAAAUUAUUGUAAUUUAUAAUCAUCAUAUUAAACCGAGUUGUGUUUGUCGAAGAAAUGUUGAAUACAUGUAUAAUUAUAUUGAAUUACAUCAGAAAGGUAUGAUAGUGAUAGUGUGAUUAUAUGUGUUGUAUGUUGCUUAAUAUGUAAGUUAGCAUAUGUGUUUUUGUAAUACUUUUUGUGUGAAGGCCAUGCUUGAAAUAAGUAGUAUGUCUGUUAUGAUUGUACACUUAGUAUGCAACCUUCGUUAAAUAAAGUUGUUGUUAUUA